AAAAAAAAAAAGCUUGCUUCCUCUCAACCUUCACACAAAAAUGGCUUCUUUUCACCAUUUCUAGUUUCCCAUUGAUUUCCCCUUAUCUUUUCUCUCUUUUCAAAAGACCCCCUUUUUCUUCAAAGCUUCUUACUUUCAGAAGGCUGCACUUUUAACCACAGUUCAACUAAUGUACAUUCAAGUAUUGGUUUUUUGAAGUAGAUGCAUGGAUAGAAGGGAUGCAAUGGCAUUAACAGGGUCUGCAUCUUAUUAUAUUCAACAAAGAGGCAUAACUGGGUUAGGGAUACAUGGAUCACAAGACAUUCAUAUGUUAUCUAGUCCAAAUGUACAAUACCAAUCAAGUAUGAGUGCUACUACUAUGGGACCUGUGGAGAGUAUUACCCCUCAUAGUGUCAAUGUAGGCACACCUUCAGCUGUUCCAUCUAGUGAGACCACGAAACGGAAAAGAGGAAGGCCUCGAAAGUACGGUCCCGAUGGAACCGUUUCAUUGGCAUUGACUCCUCCAUCGGUUACUAAUCCAGGGACAUUAACACCACCGAGUCAAAAACGAGGUAGAGGGCGACCACCGGGUACUGGAAAGAAGCAACAACUUGCUUCCCUUGGUGUAUGGCUGUCCGGUUCAGCCGGGAUGGGUUUCACUCCGCACGUCAUCACCGUUGCCGUAGGAGAAGAUAUUGCGACAAAAUUAAUGUCAUUUUCACAGCAAGGGCCAAGAGCCGUAUGCAUUUUAUCAGCCAAUGGGGCGGUCUCGACCGUAACACUUCGUCAGCCUUCAUCCUCGGGUGGAACCGUUACAUAUGAGGGGCGGUUCGAGAUACUAUGUCUCUCAGGCUCGUACCUUCUAACCAGCAAUAAUGGCUCACACAAUCGAACUGGUGGUCUUAGUGUUUCCCUUGCUAGUCCUGAUGGUCGUGUCAUUGGUGGAGGUGUUGGGGGGAUGCUUAUUGCCGCUAGCCCGGUUCAGGUGAUCAUAGGAAGUUUUCUGUGGGGUGGUUCAAAGAUGAAGAUCAAGAAAGGCGGAGACCAAGACGGUCUAAAGGGCUCUGAUAAUCAGAAUGUUGACGAUGUAGUACCCCCACCGGCUGUUUCACCAAGUCAAAAUCUGACUCCGACUUCACCGGCAGGUAUAUGGCCUGGUUCACGAUCGAUGGAUAUGCGUAAUUCACAUGUCGACAUUGAUCUAAUGCGCGGGUAACUCUUUAAUAAUUUCAUGAGAAAUGUAUAUAGUUUGUCGUUCAACGGUGCCUGAUUGUAAUCCGGCAAGUCCCUUCAAAGCCGGCCUGAUUUUCGACUUGAUGAUUCCCACUUCAUUUACCAAUGACAAUGGGAUUUGUUCUGAUAUUUGUGGCUCGGUGAAAAGAUAGUCGACGGACUUAUCGAUUUAUGCAGAUUUAAUGUUUCUACUUUUAUUUGCUCUAAAUCUAAUUUUCCGUUUUUGUUAA